CCAAUAUGGCUUUAAAUUCAUUGUUUACAGGAGGUCUUCGCUGAAAUGGAGGAGAAAUAUGGAGAGGUUGAGGAGAUGAAUGUGUGUGAUAAUUUAGGAGAUCACUUGGUGGGAAAUGUCUAUGUGAAGUUCCGCCGUGAAGAAGAUGCAGAGAAAGCGGUGAUUAACUUGAAUAACCGCUGGUUUAAUGGCCAGCCCAUCCAUGCUGAGCUCUCACCUGUCACCGAUUUCAGAGAGGCCUGUUGUCGACAGUAUGAAAUGGGAGAGUGCACUCGAGGAGGCUUCUGCAACUUCAUGCACCUGAAGCCAAUCUCAAGGGAACUCCGAAGAGAUCUGUAUGGUCGCAGGAGGAAGAGGCAUCGCUCCCGUUCACGUUCCCGUGAACGUCGUUCUCGCUCAAGGGAACGCAAUAGAGGAGGAGGAGGAGGAGGAGGAGGAGGAAGAGAGCGAGAGAGACGGAGGUCAAGAGAUAGAGAACGCUCUGGACGGUUUUAAAAUGUCCAUCUUUCUUGAAACCAACAUUCAAUUCCAAACCCUGCCCUAGUGUCUCCUGGUGAAAUGUGAUAAAUGUUGAUUUUAUUUCCUCCCCGAUUUCUUUUCCACUGACCUUUUUAUGCGAGUUUUGUUUGCUUUUCAAUAAAGAUACCUUCAUCGUUUUA